UAUUUACAGGUUUUUUUUCAUUUGAAUGACUAUGGUGAAAUAAAAAAGCAUAGUGGGUUUUUUUGUUUUGUUUUGCUUUUGGUGGCACAGUAUAUAGUGAAAAUGGUGCAAUAUUGAAGCACCAUCAGGGCCAGCAUGAAGACACAUCAUCAUCAUCAGCAGCAGCAACAGCAGGACAUCCUGUCAUCAUCCCACACCAUCACCACCACCAGAGAGAGGAACCAUCAGCAGUGGUGCACACUCUUCUGUGUUGUCUCUGUUGGGUGCUGCUGCUGCCAGCACAGCAGCUGCAUUUAAAUAAGGGGUGUGUGGUUGGUUGGGUUGGUGCCAGCAGCUGCUGCCCACACAAAAACAAAAAAAAAACAAAAAAAAAAAGAGGGGCUUCCUUCGGAUGCAGGUGUGGGCGUGUUGGCAGGCUGUGGCCCAGCGUGUGGGUGCCGCAAUGCGCUACUAUUGCCUGUGGAUCUACGCCUGCAACCUCGUGCUGCUCCUGGCCGUGGCCGUGUUUGUCUGCUACGCGGGCACCGUGCUGGCUGACCACCGACUGGCCUUUGUGCCGCACGUGCGGUUCUACCAGCCGACGUUGGUGUACGCGUAUGCCGCGGUGCUGGUACAGGCCGGGGUCGUGCAGGCCGUGGGCUGCUACGCGGCCAGGCAUUUGAACGAACGCCUGCUCAACGUGUACUGGUUCAUGCUGCUGGGCUUGCUGCUGGGGGACUUGGGGGUCGGGGUCGUGUGGAUCAUCAGGUAUGACAGGAUAUGCAGGGACAUGUUGCCCAUGUUGCAGCAUCAGUUGCAGCAGUCCUAUGGCACAGAUGCAGAGUUCACAAGGCGCUGGGACAGGCUGCAGGUGGAGUCUGAGUGCUGUGGAGUAGCUGGCCCACUGGACUACAAUGCAACCCUGGCAUUUGCCACCUCAGUCUUUGGGACAGCCGCUGCAGUGGCCCCAGGCUCUGAGCACCAGGGCAUGUUGACAUUUCAUGUGCCUGCUACUUGUUGCCAUCCCAGUCAGGCUUUGCCUCUGCAAUUAUCUGCCCCUACUACUACUCCUAGAAGUUUUGCUAGUGGUCACCUGGAUGACCCUGAUGAUGCCCCACUUGGGGAUAAUAAGAGUUACCGUAGAGAGUAUGAUGCGCACUAUGAAGAUGAUGAGGAGGAGGAAGAAGAAGAAGAAGGAGGAGGAGGAGAUGGUUUCCAGACCAGAAAGAAACGAAAAACAAGGGCCACACAUCGCCACAGGCAUUGGCAGAGGACAGGCGCGCACAUGGUGCGACAUCUGUCCAUGCGACAAAGUGAUGGUUCGAGCGCGAGUCGCCGUCUGAAUCAAAAGGUGUCGCCCACACUCAACUUCACCUGCUUGGACGCUGACUUGGCACCCAAACUGGAGCCGCGGUUGGACGGAUGUGGCCCAGAGCUGGCCAAGUGGGUGUCCAAGAGUGCAGAUGCUCUGUUCGUCCUGGGGUUCUGCGUCAUUGCCUUUGUCAAGAUAUGCUUUCUGGGUCUCCUGAGGGAUGCAUUUGUGUGCACAGCGUCACUCCGCCAUGACCACAAUGCCCGCAGGUCCACUUUGGCAGCACUGGAAGAUGUCUUCAAGACGAACCCUGUUAGUGAAAGCAGGAACCAGAAGCUGAGAGAAGAACUGCAGGAGAUGAGCGAGUUGCUGAGGCAAACUGGGAAACAGACAGAGAUCUGAAAACUCCUUUUUCAUUUCUGAGUGCAGGGAGUGACAUCUGUGGAAACAAGUGAUAAGUAGUGUUCCUUCUUGUUGAAAAUUUUUUUUUUUGGUUGUGGUCUUUCUCCUAUCCUAUUUAUUGGUGAGGAAAGGGUUCAUAUGUAUAUUGUGGGUUUCUCAGAAGUCCUGGGUGAAGGAAUUCUGGUGGUAAAAUAUCACUUAAUCUUUUGCUUCAGAAAGAUUGAACGGUGGUUUUACUAAAAAAGAAUUGACGGUUAUGUUCCAAUCAUGUCAAAGAACAAUUUUCUCAGACAUGCAAGAACUUUUGAGAAACCCUCUACUGGUACCUUCUGUACUUGUUUUUCUAGUGCUGGACCAAAAGAGAAACAAGGUCUAUUAAGGAAUGUAAGUUUUCCUUUUCAUCAGUUUCUGUACUGCAAGCAGAACCGUCCAAGAGUGGGGAUAUUCGAAAGUAAUCUUUCCUUGGCUGGGGUGUCCCCAAAUUUCUGACUGAUUGAAACCCCCUCCAGGAAUUCUUGUCUUUAUUUCUGUUUCUUUUUUGGAGCUGGAGCUUUAUAGUUGGUGACAGGUUUAUGAAUACUCAACAAAGGGAUUUUGUAGGAUUAAUCUGAAAGAUGUUUGAUUGAAGCUCAUGAGUGGGGUCAACAUGUGGGAUCUGACCUGUUUUGUUCCUUCCUUUUUCUGGGGGCUGGUUGGAGGUUUGUUGAGUUUAUGAUGUGGGAAAUGAAUGCUGAAGAAAGCACACUUUUCUGGUCUGACUUUUCUUUGCAUGGUUUCAAAUUUAACAUUCUCACAAUGUAUCCCUUUCUAAACUGAUUGAAUUCCAACAUUUUGAAGUUAUUUUAGGUUCUCCCUUCAGCUCUUACAAGCAUUUGAACAAUGGACUGUUCAUUGAAAACACUUUUUUUUUCUUCUUCCCACACCCCUCUGACUACAAUUCUAAUUUUAAGAGGAUUUUUUUAUGCAUUUCUUUUUAAUUUUCAAAUUUUUUUUUUCAGUCCUCUAGACUGAAACAUUGGGGAGGGAGAGAAAAGAGGAGUUUUCUCUAAAUCGACAUAAGUGGCCUCAAUGUUAAAAAAAUUGCACUGAACUAAAAUCCUGUUCAAGGAAAAAACAUACGCAAAAGAGGGAAUAUCAAGAGAAGGCCAUCUUUUAUUUAAAUUUGACACUCUUGACAACACCGGCGCGAAUGCCAGACAUUUCCCCACCAUAACGCGACACUUCAUUUCUCACUUCCCUCACUUGACCCUUCCUGCGAAUCUUGGCCUUUCUGUACUUCAUCCUGUGCUUGACUCUGGGAUUCCUCAACUCUUUCUUCUUGUGAGGCGUGAGACCCUUGUUCUUGGCAAUCUGGUAUGUAAUGGCCCUCUUUUCUCCGUCUUCCACUUCCCACGGGUUCACACGAGUAUCCGUUUCUUCUUCUUCUCCUCCUACUUGUUCCUCCUCCUCCUCCAUGUCUUCAUUCAAAGAAGCUUGUACUAAUUUCCCAGCUGUGGCUGCUUCGACAAUUUCUGGCAGGGACUUUUGCUGGGACAACAUUUCAACGGCAGAGUCGAACUUUUCAUCCGCGGGUUCCAGUUCCUUCAGCAACUUUCGGAUCCCCAGCAGGCGCUUGAUGAUCGGGUGGUUCGUCACUGGAGUGCGGUUCGACUUGAGUGCCAUGUAGAAGCUCAUGUUCACGCAAUACCUGAAAGAAAUGG